CCAGUAGUGCUGACAGGAAUGGAACUGGGCUCUUGCACCACGAAGUGGACAGUAGAUUACUUGAGCCAAGCUGAAAGACCUAAAGAAGUAAAGAUUCAUGUUUCUGCGGUGCCACAGAUGGAUUUCCUCAGUAAGAACUUUGUGUAUAGAACUCUGCCUUUUGAUGUAUUUGUACGAAGAGCAGCUGAAGUCAAACACAAGGAGUACUUUCUUUCUGAGGAUGAGAAGUACUAUUUGCGAUCAGUGGGUGAAGAUGCUAGGAAGGAUAUUGCAGAUAUCAAAAAGCAGUUUCCUGUGUUGGCCGAAGAUAUUCAGAUUCCAGAGUAUUUUGAGAAGGAACAGUUUUUCUCUAGUGUCUUCCGUAUCAGCUCAGCUGGAUUACAAUUAUGGACACAUUAUGAUGUAAUGGAUAACUUCUUAAUCCAAGUAACAGGGAAAAAACGAGUUAUUUUGUAUAGUCCUAGAGAUGCGCCAUAUUUAUAUUUAUCAGGUACUAAAUCAGAGGUGCUGGAUGUGGAUAACCCAGACUUUGAUAAAUACCCUCUUUUUGUGAAAGCCAAGCGUUAUCAAUGUUUUCUAGAAGCAGGAGAUGUGUUAUUUAUUCCAGCUUUGUGGUUCCACAAUGUAAUUUCUGAGGAGUUUGGAGUGGCACUGAAUGUCUUUUGGAAGCAUGACUCCUACGAUAAGAGUGACACUUAUGGAAAUAAAGAUCCCACAGCAGCCUCUAGAGCUAUACAGAUCUUGGACAGGGCCUUGAAAACACUUGAAGAGCUACCUGAAGAAUAUAGAGAUUUUUAUGCUCGGAGAAUGGUGCUACGCAUCCAAGAAAAAGCCUAUAGGAAUGAUUAUGGAUAA